AUGGAAUUUGUUGUUUCAAAUACAAAUUUAAGAGAUCUUUCGAGAAUAUUUUUGAACCUUUCUAGGAUUGAUGAUGCCGUAAAUUGGGAAAUUAAUAAGGAUCAACUUAUUUUAACAACUUUAAACUCUUCCAGGUCAGGAUUUGGGAAGGUAGCUCUUACAAAAAAGUUUUUUGACAAGUUCACAUUCCAUCCAGAUACUCUAUUCCUUACAGGAUUUGUCUCUCCAACAGUGCGAUUAAGUACACAAAUCAAGCCGAUCCUUUCAAUCUUUCGAAAUAAAAUCUUUGAAUCGACUUUCCUGGUCAACAACAAUCCCAAUGCCAAUACGGGUGCAACAGACUCUACUAGUAAAAAGAAUGUCGUUGUGGAGAAUAUACAAUUACAAAUCACAUCGGGCAAAGAAUGCCGAGUUAUCUUCAAAUUUAACUGCAAACACGGAGUCAUAAAAACUUACAAGAUUGCAUAUGAACAAACGCAAACACUACAGGCCGUCUUUGAUAAAGCAUCUUGUCAUAAUAAUUGGCAAAUUAAUUCCAAAAUUUUGAAAGAUCUGGUUGAGCAUUUCGGACAAAAAACAGAAGAAUUGACGAUCCAGCCAGUGCAUGGACGGGUCUUGCUGACUAGUUUUACUGAAGAGGUCGUUCACAAUAAAGAUGUCUUAAAGCAGCCCACGCAAACAACAGUUUCAAUUGAUGGGAAAGAAUUUGAACAAGUUUCCCUUAAUGAGGGCGUAAUAAUAACGCUAUCUUUAAAAGAAUUCCGGGCAGCUGUUUUGCUCGCUGAAUCUCUAGGAACAUCUAUCGCAUCAUACUAUAGCGUAUCAGGAAAACCUGCCUUGUUCACGUUCAAUAAGGGGAAAUUUAUGGAGGUUGAAGCGCAGUUUAUACUCGCUACUGUUAUGGGAUCUGACGAUUACGACGAAAGUUCUUCUUUGGGGGCACGGUGGAAGCAAAGUGGUACCGCUAACAGCAGUUUAUUCGUUCCGGAAAACACAAGUGCUGCUCCAGCUUUGAACGAGGAUGAAGCAACAUCUGCGUCGAUAGGAUGGCAAACUAAUGGAGAUGCGGAGACGUCUAGGAUGUUUCAUUCCGCAUUGGAUAUACCAACAAAUGAAGAAUCUGCGAGAAAGCGACCUAAACAGACAACAGACGAAGAUAAUCGGCCGUUAUUUUUGGAGGGUAUGCCGGACGAUAAUGAACUGAUGGCAUUCAAUAACGAUGUAGCCGACGAUGCUGAAUUUGGACCAACGCAACAUGAACAAACCUUUCAUGGCAUCUUUUCUCAAGAUGAUACUGAAAACUAA